CAGCGCGCUAACCGCUACACCACCGCUCCCCACAUGAACACACACACACACGUUGCAUUAAAGAAGUCAAAAUUGGACUUCAACUCAACCGCACACCCACGCAAUCUUGACGCCCGCGUGCGUGCGCGCGCGUGUAUAUAUAGAAGUGUGUUGUCGAGCCACGGGAGUUAGGAUCAGUUCAGGAGUCCGCCUCUAGCAGGCGACACGAGGACCUGGUAAGGGAGUCCAACCUACAGAAACUUCGCUCGGGGGCCCACUCACCAGGUGUGUCCCUUACGUGUCUCAGAGGUGAGGCACACGAAGAGGCGGGGAGCGUCCAAGCAGACAUGCCCCUCCUCCACCGCCCGCGCAGCGCUGCGUGGCUCUGCCGACUGCUCCUGCUCGCUACCCUCUGCCGCCGCCGCUGCUGCUGCUGCCGCCACCCGGAGACGUCUGACUCCCGCAGCCCCUCGAGGUCGAUGCUCAACAUUCCUACAGCAGGUCGCGUCUCAAGGCCACUCAUCGCGCGAUGCGAAGAGGUGGACGAGACAGCGUCCUCACCUCCUCAACUCCAACACCACCUCCUCCUCCUCCACGACCACCACCCUCGCUCCUCCAUCUCCGCCAGCAGCGAGCAGCCCACAGAGAUGCCUCAACGCGCCAGCCAAACCUUGCGACGCAGCCCUCGCCAGAAGCGCCGCGCGUCCCCCUCCUCCGCCCAGGUCGCCCACGUGCAGCAGCUGCAGCACGUGGGCAAGGGGGGCGCCCUGGCGAGCGGCUGCUCCCUGAGCUCGUGCCAAGUGCAGAAUCUGAGCCACCGCCUCUACCGCCUGCUGGGCAAGCGCCGCGGCGGCUCCGAGCCGCAGCGCUCGGCCGGGAAGGCCACGCGAAGCCCCAACAGCUUCGGGCGACGCCGAAGGAGGAGGAGGAGGAGACGGCGCUCGGCCACUCCAGUCGUGGCCGCGUGGCCUGGCGAAGGCUGGCGGUGGUGGCGGCGGUGGCGGAGGGAGGGAGGCGUUGAGGAGGAGGAGGGAGGAGAUGGAACGCCGCGUCAGACGAAGGGCCGGGAGGAGGAGCGGCGGCCGUCUGUCUAAAAACUUUGCAA